AUGGCAGUACAUGGUUAUACACGGCAAUACAUGAUAAUACAUAGUAAUACAUGGCAAAACAUGGGUAUACAUGGCAGUACUUCGCUAUACACGGCAAUACAUGGUAAUACAUUGUAAUACAUAGCAAUACAUGGUAAUACAUGGUAGUAUAUGGCGAUACAUGGCAGGACAUAGCAAUACAUGGCAGUACAUGGUAAUACAUAGCAGUAUAUGGUAAUACAUAUUAUUAAAAACUGAAUCAUUGGAUAAUGCAAUUCUAGCAUUUUGAUUGGCUUAGCCGUUAUGGUAUAUGAGCUAAUAUACCAUGUUUUCCAUAUAUGGUCGGUGUACGCGUCAGUUUAAAAUUGGAAGCUAGCUGAGAUUUUUUUUCGCGAAGGAUAGAACGGCGCCCGAAGCAAAUCGUUUUAAUUCAUUUCUUAGAAUACUAGAAAUGCAAUUUCAGCGCAAGAAAAGAGGCAAAAACAAACAAAAAAGCCACAAGAGCUUGUCUGAAAGUUUGUCGAAAAACACAUGAAAACACAUGGAACUAAAGUACCUUGACCAGCUACGAAAGAAGACAAGUGUUGUUUCUUCAUGAUCGCGAAGCCAUUCGCCGAUCAAGUCACUCGCCGAUAGAUAAUUGCAGCUUGUUUAUCCGACAUCAAGAAUAUAAAUCACAAGUAACCAGCUACAAAUACAGGCUAUGCAGCCAUUCACUAGAGCAAUCGAGGCGGCAGUAUAGCUUCUUUUCUCGUUCAGCAAAACCAGCUUGUGGCUUCAAACAACUUCAUAACAAGCGACCGAGGUAAUACCGGUAGUUUUUCUCCGUUGUUCUUACUUUUAUAACUGCACCGAAAAUCCAAAUUCAUAGUAAUUUCGACGGCUGUCACUUAAAAAUUCCUUUCCUUCACAUUAUCUGCCAGGUUUUUUAAGCUGUUCUGCUGUGUAAAAUCCUAGAAUCACGAUGAGUUUUUAAAAAACUAAUGUUCAUCGCUACAAUGUUUUGAUUUUUCAUUCAUGCAGUCUAGGCGAGUCCGUUCGCGCGUUGACAGUUUUGAUAGACGCGUGACAUGUCAAUAGCGGAAGUCCCUUGUCUUUUCCGGUUUGUUCUAGUCGGGGCAAUUCAACGAGAUUUUGUGGGCGUUUUUAAUAAAACAAUUAUUCCACUCGGGCUUGUUGGAUAUGAAAUGAUUAUAGCCAACUCGGCGCUAAGCGCUUCGUUGGCUAUCUAUAUAUCAUCUCAUAUCCAACGCGCCCUCGUGGAAUAAUUGUUAAAUAAUACAUGGCUAUACACUGCAAUACAUGGUAAUAUAAUGGCAAUACAUGGUAAUACAUAGCAAAACAUGGGUAUAAAUGGCAGUACAUGGCUAUACACGGCAAUACAUAGUAAUAUAUGGCAAUAAAUGGCUAUACAUGGCAGUACAUGGUAAUACAUGGCAAUACAUGGCUAUACAUGGCAGUACAUGGUAAUACAAGGGUAUACAUAGCAGUACAUAGCUAUACACGGUAAUACAUGGUAAUAUUUAAGCAAUAGACCACACUUUCUAUGGGUUUACCGGCGUGAUAACCCACUUGGGAUGUUGGGAGAUCACGAGAAAAGCUUGUAAAUCACGAUCCGAAGGCGAGUGAUUUACAAGCUUUUUUUAGGUAAAAAGUAUGCUUUUAGUUCCGUGAUCAAGUCAUGUCUUCUCUCUAAAGUCAUCAUAAGCCAAUCAUGACUCACGAUUUAAUAGCGCUGAACUUUCUCAAAACUCAGUUCAGUCAAACAACAAACAGCAGCACUUCAAAACACGAGUUUUUGCACUCAUAACACGAAAACUUAUGAAAGCUGUUUUACAGGAAAAGUCAACACAUAUUCAUGCGAACGUACAGUGAAAGAAUACGUUCGUGGUUUGUUUACUACAGAAGUAGAAAUUACUUGAACAUCAGACUGUACGCAGCUGUAUUUUGUUGAGUCGAUCCGUAAGAAUUUCGUGCUUACAGACGGAACUGGCAGCUAUUGUAAUGGAGGACUUCAUUCACUUUUUACAUGCCGCAGUGGUUUUUAUUGUGAUCAAGAAAUGCUGCGGUAACGACGUGGCUGCAUUUGCGAAGUUGUCGCAUGUAACUUUAUAUGCUCGUACAGCGACCGAUGGAAAUAUGUCGAAGAAAGGUUUCUUUGCCGUAGCCACAUAUUGGCGUUAAUAUUUGUCGACUUGUGAAGUCAGGUGGUUUGAGGUAGGUUAUGGCAUGGAUAUCACGGAAUAAUUUGUGCAAAUGUUGGAAAAGACCAGCCCGAAACUCUGACAUCUUUCAUCAUCGUUGGCAGCUUGUUUACAACCUACAGCGGCCGAUUUUGUAACAUAUCUUGAUCAGAGAUCUCUUUUUGGAACAAUUUCUUUCAUUAAGGAAUUUAAUUUUGACAUAAAAUAAAUCAAGAAUGCUAAAACUAUCCGUUUUGUUGCUGGUUGGCACUUGGUUAAGUUUUCCUGGAGACUUUCUACACGAGAAAUUCACACAGUUGUUGUCUUUCUCUGCGAUUUGGCAUCGUUGUGAAAUAGUUGAAAUGUAAACUGCUUUCCAGCUUUGUACUCAGUUAUAACCUCUAAAGCUAUGGCAGUCGCGAAUUGUGACCCCCAGUAAUAAAAUGUGGAAACCAACGCUUUUAAUAUUAAGAAGGGCUGGGUAAGUAACUUGUUCUGUUUUCAGCCUUUCUAAAAUCGUUGUUUGCAGAUCAAUAGCCGGUUUUGUUUAUGGCUCGUGGUGCGGAUGCCUUUUUCUAUGGGUUUACCGGUAUAAUAAACCAUACGUUUUUGACCAAUCAGAUCACGCGUACUAUCUCAGUUAUUUUAUAAAUGGCAAUACAUAGUAAUACAUGGCAAAACAUGGUUAUACAUGGCUAUACACGGCAAUACAUGGUGAUACAUGGUAAUACAUUCUAAUACUUAGUAAUACAUGGCAAUGCAUGGUAAUACAUGGUAUUAGUAUAUACACACUCAGUGAUCUUGGUAAUUCAAGCAAUCUGAUUGGUUAGCUAUCUCGGACUAUGACGUUAUAUUCACCGCGCUAGGCGGUGAAUAUAAAGCCGAACAAAAUCGCUGUCGUGAACUGGGUGUUUUGCCAAAGUUUCAAAGUAAAACCUUUUUGAAAAUACACGAAUAUCCAAGUGCUGAUGACUUUGAAGGCAAGAAAAGACUUCAUGGUGUUUAAACAGCGUGAUUUAUUGUGAAGUGGUUUACUUUAGCUGACUUUUUGUACGCUCGAAUCUAUGUUUACCACUACAGAGGAAAACGAGGUCGCUUUGUCACUGUUUUGUGAUUUCGGGAUUUUCUCGCAAGACCAAUUUUGCCUAUAAAUAGGAGUUAAUUUAUGGAGAAGAGAGGAAGGCAAAUAUUUUCGAAAAUUGUACGUGCCACCAAGUUAACAAGGCAAAGAACUUUGGAGAUAAACAACGCUCACCUUGAUCGCAGCCGCUGUUGACAGCAUUUGCAAGAAGCGACGAAGAAAACUUUCUCAUUCAUGGUGAGUUGACAGAAACAAAUAAAGCUCUAGAUACUUUUCUUCCCAGAAUUGGGUAGUAAUUUAAAUUUUCGGCGUUUUCUUUUAAACCGUUGAUGCUAAAGCUUACAAAACUCGAUACAAAAGGAUUAAAACUAUCAUUUGCCAUGUUUGAAGAUACUGUAAAGAUCUAAGUUUUGCGCAUCCACUGUUUACGGCUUCGUGUACACGCAUGAAUUCACCCGUCAAUCAAACUAAUCGUUUUUUAAUGGUUUCCUUUCCGAUUCUGUUGAGAUCACUUCGUGUGAAUAUACUAAAACAAUUAUUCACCUCAGGCUCAGUUAACAUUGUUGAAUAAUCCCCUCGACUUCGUCUCGGGGAUUAUUCAACAAUAUUAACUUCGCCUUCGGCGAAUAAUUGUUAAAUAUAUGGCGAUACAUGUCAAUACAUGGUAAGACAUAAUAAUAUAUGGCAAUACAUGGGUAUACACGGCAAUACAUGGUAAUACAUGGCAAUACAUAGUAAUAGCGGGGCUCCCGCGCGCGCGAAGUGCGCGUGGGACAGAGCCCCAUACUCAUGGAAUAUGGUCAACCUCUUUUCGUUUGGUUGUCACGUGAUUGACCGAGCGUACGUACGCGUCUACGGAUUGUACGGGUGGGGUAGGGGAGACUAUCAAAAGGAAGGGAGGGGUGUCUCUGGCGUGUCUUGGCAAGUCCACAUCUUUUAUAUAGGACAUUCACUAUAUGGUCAAUUGACAGCUGUCAAAACAGGAUAGCCAUUGACCAGUAUCCCAUGCCCAUAUCGCGGGCUUAUGUGUCAACUCAUCGAGGUGACGUGAUUUAUUUGGAAUCUGUCCGCUGACCAGUUAACUGUCUUACUAGAUCGCGAACAAUGUUCAAUCUCAUACUUUCUAGCCUGGGAACACAGGAAAACUGAUAAUGCACGAUAAUGCACACACAUUGGACAUCAAUGUUUUGAUCAAUUGACAGCUGUCAAAACAGGGUACCCGCUGACCAGUAUCACUUGGCCGUAUCGCGGGCUCAGGUGUCGACCCAUCGAGAUCAAGUAUUUUUUUGAAGUUAUCCGGUGGCAAGUAACUAGUUUUCAAGUGAUCGCAAGCUCAAGUUUAUUUUGGUUGUUAAAUUCAUAUGAAAUAUGUUGUGUCAGGAGCCGAUAAUCGGAUUUCAAACUGACCUCGGACGCGAAAAUUCAGCCAUCUAUUAAGGGCAGGGAAGACAGUUGCUUUUGACUUUUCUCACCAUGGUCACGCGUUGGUCACGCUCUACGUUCAAUUUUUAUGCUCUGAUUGGUCAAAAUUUGACAGGUGAGUUCAUGCGGAAAAAUUAUGCAGCGUCUUGAAUCUUGUUGACAGCUGAAGCUGACAGAGUUUUGUGUCAACUAGUGAUGUUUUUAACUGUCUUUUUCCACUGAAUGUACAAAAUGAAAUUCAGCUGCUAUCGGGAGUCUUCUGCUAUUCAUGGCUAGUUUGUUUAUUGGGUUUUUGGAUGAGAAAUACGUCGCUUGUCAAAGUCGGAAAUCCGAUUUCGGAUGGCAUCGUUUUCGUUUUCACCUUGCUUGAUGUGUAAGAGGGCUGCGAAGUCUGAAGCGAUACUGGCCUUACUUGAUACCUUUCAGGAGCUGCGUCUCGAAUGGUGAGCCAGAGUAAUUAUUGUAUUUGAUGUUUGUUUUUUAUAUCUAACUUAAUGAAGUCGAGCGUAGUUUAUGAGGGUAUUUAGUUUAUGCACGUUUGUAAGAUUAGAGACAAUGAUCUAACCGAGUAUCAGGUUUAAUAUAAACUUACAGAACUUUAAAAAGCCUUUUGACAGUUUCUCACCGCAAAUAAAAAGAAAACGUUCCAAAGAAUAUUUUAUUAUAAUUCUGGCUGUAAAAGAAAGCUGUGAGUGAUUUUCUUGCCUCGAGUUCGUCUUUGAGAAAAGCAAACACCGGGAAGCUGGCUUAAAACAUAAACUGUCUUAAGCUUUAAGCUUGAAGACUCAGGAUUUUUAGAGACACUUUAAUACUUGUCUUCCUGAAUGAAAAUUGUUGUCUCUGUAUAUGUUUCACCGAAUUAUAUUUCUUUUAUUGAUUGUUAGUAGUCUCUCUUGUAAUUUUAAUCGCUGUGCCGAUUGUUUUCAGUUGUUCAGUGAACAUCGCGUGCAGGACUACUCAAAAUGCCGCGCGUUAAACCAUUUUAAAAUAAAAAAGUAAACAAUAAAUUCUUUAUUCUGUUGGAGCGUAACUCUGUAAAUGUUCAUUCAAACCAACACUCGCCACAGCUCGCACUACAAAAAUGAGAACCGGAUGGCCGUAAAGCUGAUUUUGGAAAUUUUUUUAACGGUUUAGCUGAAAAGCCCACGCGUACUUCCAUCGUCCUUAAUAUUGAAUGAGUGCCAUUUGUAUUGCAAAAUUGUGAAAUACUGCUUUCUAUCCAAGAUCUGUAUGAUAAAAACAGUGCCUCAUAGUAGUUUCACCUCAGAUGUUAUGUAUCAGUGGUAUAAACGGUUGGUUUAUACGCACCCAGAUUUGUUGGCAAGAUUUUGCAAAGUAACUUGUCGAACGCAAAAAAUUCGUGCCUGAUUUUUUUUCCAGGCCUAAUUAAUCUACGGCGAUCAAGAGCCAUUAUGGCUCUUAAAUGUGAUCGAAGUUGAUUACCAGUUUUUGGGUGUAAAUAUGAGGCUAUCAACUCGAUGUAAGAUUUGGUUCACUCUUGGGCUGUUUGCAAAUUAUUUUUCUCUAAAAUCACUUAGCCUUUUCCUCAAAAGUCACAUAAAUGUGCUCUAAAGUGAACUGAAUUGUGGAAUACAAGUUUAUUGUUUGAUUUAAAUCAUGAAUUUAUUAAUGGGAGCCUCGCUUUUAGCCCUGGCUAAAUCUAUAUAUUACAUGGCAAAACAUGGUUAUACAUGGCAGUACAUGACUAUACACGGCAAUACAUGGUGA